AUGGCUCUUGCAUCAAGUCCACUGAAACAAAACAUCAAAGACGACGGCGUGAAGCGUGAGAAGCUAUCCGGUCGUGGCAAUGGCCUCCUUGCCACACGCGACUUCUCUCCACAUGCGCAGAUCCUGUUCGUGAAACGGCCACUAAUUUUGGCGUUGGACAAGCCGCAGCUCGAAACAACAUGCUACGCUUGCUUGAGAUCUCAAGACGCACAGGUCACGUCCAACGGGACUGAACCUGGUGAACUUACACUCAAGACAUGUAUGGGUUGCCAUACUGUUCGCUUCUGUAACAAGACUUGCCAGAAACAUGCCUGGACUUCCUACCAUAAACUUGAAUGCAAGCUUUUCGCCAAACUACAUCCGCGUGUACUGCCUAGUGCUGCCAGGGGUAUCAUACGGCUGUUACUUCAGCUCAAGCAUGGACUCAUCACAGAUGAAGAAUGGAGUCAGCUCCGGGACCUUGAAUCGCACCAGAAUGAUCUUUGCGAAGCCGGUGGAGAUCGGUGGGAGGACAUUUCCCUAAUGAUCAAGGCCAUCAUGGCCUAUUCUGGUACCAAAGAAUCGCUCGAGACGGUGACGAGGAUCUGCUGUACGCUCAUGGUCAACUCGUUCACCCUGACUACACCAACCUUUGAUCCGGUGGGCAUCGUCUUGCACCCGCUGCCUGCAAUGAUGAAUCACAGCUGCGAGCCCAAUGCGAUAGUCAGGUUCGACAUCACCUCUUCCACCUCUCCAGUCCCUAUACCGAAGGUUCACCAUGGGAGCAUAUCUGUACACGCCCUCAGGCCAAUCGCGAAAGGCGAGGAGAUCUGCAUUACCUAUAUCGACGCAACCAUGAGCUUGGAACGUCGCCAGGCGGAUCUAAAGUUGCGAUACUUCUUUGAUUGUGGCUGUCUCAUGUGCCAACGCGGCCCACGCAUUGAAGAAUCGAACGCAGAAGCACUACCCACACUUUCGACUGCCACUAAUCUCCUGCUGUCGUUAUCCUCGAAACCAAGAACCCACGAGCUCUACAUCCCGGAGCUUCGCAGGGCUCUCGGAAACCUCGCUGCUCUGGACGACUUGCCAUUACACUCAUACCCCUACGCACAGCUUCGCCAUCAGCUCGUGCUAGCCUUGAUCGCAACCCAAGACUUCGAAGAAGCCAUGAGACAGAAUCUUGUCCUAACCUCCAAAAUCGAUCCUGUGCUCUACGAGCAGCAGCACCACCCCUCACGGCUCGUCAGCAAGUGGCGUCUGCUCCAACUGGUGAAGUAUUGUGCGGCCGAUACUUCAAGCGAAGCGACGGCUGAAACACUCUCAAUACUCACGUGUGUCUUGCUCGAUGGACUUGCGAAUACAUGCCUGAAGAAUGCGGCUGGUAGCAACGUGACGGAAGUGACUGAUGAGAAGCCUGAUGUUCCGUUGGGCCAGUUCGAACUCAUGGUGUAUCAAGCUCUGGUGGAGGUGAAACAUGGUGAUGGGAAGGUAAUCUGGCAGAACUAUGAAGCUCGGAAGAGUUAUUGGAGAGCAGAGACUGCCGCGUGGGCUGAAGGCAUCAUGGCUCGAGUGCUGAAAGAUGAACCCGGUGGCGGUUUGGGAGGUGGACAACUAGACUUAAUGCAGUAG